UAUAGAAAAUAAGUAUUGCAAUAACUAAAAUCAUUACUAAUGAUAAUUAAUUAAUUAUAUUUGCUAAUUAAUAUAUUGCUACAGCGCUACGUAAAUGCCUUCCAACAAAAAACGUGUACGUCAAUAAGUAGUCAUUAACGUCACGUAACCCAACAAAAAAGCGACGCAGAAGCUAUAGAUCGCCCAGCACAUGCGCAAUAGCAACCUCACAUAGCUGAUCUCAUCAUCCCACGUGGACUUCUUAUCUUAUCUUCUCUAUAGAAUCCUAACGAGACGCCAUGUCUACUGGCAUCCUCUUCAUAUCCGCAAUUUUUGUCAUAUCUCCGCUUUCAAUGGCCAUCCAAUCGUCACUCGCACAAGAAAACACUUGCGCGAGAGAAGGAGCAACACCAGUAUUGAUAAGGCUUGACAACUGUCCUGUCUACUUCAGAGUCCAAUGCGCUGGAGACGCGGUAGGGCAACCAAUCUGUGUGAUACACACAGCAAGUGGAUUGAAAAAUAUCGUGUCUUCCGGAACGGUUCUGAUAACUGCAACAAAUGAUGGCCUUAUUACAGUCCGGAUAUCUAGUGUUCAACCAGAACACAAUGGUGUCUGGGAAUGCAGUUUUCAAGGGUAUAAACCCGCUUUUAUUCCCAUCACAGUUAUAGAUUUUAAAACAAUUUUCGUUCAGCUGAUUAAACAUACGACCAAUGGGGUAUUCCACUAUUUCAGUUGUUCUGUUCUCGCCACCAAUGAUCACUUCGUGAAGAGCAAUACCUAUGCAGUACUCAUAAGAGAUGGACAGCCGGUAAACCAAUCGAUUGGAGAGCUACAACUAGAUGAUCUCGGCAAGAUAACUCGAAACUUUUCCAUCACUCAGAAUGAGCCAGGAACGUAUGUGUGCCGAGUAUACAAAAAUAGCAAUAUGGUCUGCGAUGAACAUGAUGCGACAUACAAGGACAGCAACGAGCUAUCUUUGCAUAGUGCGACACCCACCCCACACAGUGUCACAAAAACAAAUCCAAAUACUCUGAUGACAAAUCGGCCCACACAACACAGUCAAAAUCGGAAUGAUGAAACUCUCGUAAUCACAUCUGUGAUUCCUUCCAUUUGUGUUGUUGUCAUUGUCAUUGCUAUUCUCUUCUGUUGCUGGAAGACCGGAAAAUGUUCAAAGUUGUCACAGCCAGUGAUGGAAUCUGGUAUGGAUUUAAGAAGCAGUCCAUAUGUUGUACCACACCCUACAUCAGACAGCAUACACCGUCAAGCUCAAGAGCAAGCUAACUCCACAAGCAUCCCAUUAGAAAUGGAGGAACAUCAGCUAUGACAAAGAUCAGGUCAGACUAAAGAGGUCAGUAGAUAAACUUCACCAACUCUGUGACAGUCAGCAGUUAGAUAACGCUGCCAAACUGUAGUCUAGUCCAUCAACUUUUUUCUCAAUUGUUUUGUAGAGCUUAGCUGUAACAUGUCAUUCAAUUUACCAGAGAAAGACAUAAAA